GUGCGGCUGCAGCACGGCGCGAGCGGGCUGGAGCCGCUGGCCUGGUCCGAGGACCACCGGGUGUCGGUGAGCACGGCGCGCAGUAUCGCCGUGCUGGAGCAGCUCAGCGAUGUGCACCGCGGCGGCCACGACAUGGUCAUCCACCGCACUGCCGUGCCGGCGCCGCCCGCCGCCUGUCUGCUCAAGGUUGGUCCCAAAAAGGAGGUUGCAGAAUGUAAGGAAAAGUUUGCCAGCUCGAAGGAUCCAACAGUUAGUCAAACGUUUAUGCUAGAUAGAGUAUUCAACCCUGAAGGAAAGUCACUAACAUCAAUGCGAGGAUUCAAAUAUUCAAGCUGGUCUCCUUUGGGCUGUGACGCUAAUGGAAGAUGUCUACUAGCAGCUUUAACGAUGGACAAUAGACUAACUAUUCAUGCUAACCUCAACAGACUGCAGUGGGUGCAGCUAGUUGAUCUGACAGAAGUUUAUGGGGAGCGUCUUUGUGAAAGCAAGUACAGAAUUUCUAAGACCGAGGCACCCCGAGGAGAUCUAGGGGACUUCUCUGAAUUUCAGAGAAGGCACAGCAUGCAGACUCCAGUGCGUAUGGAGUGGUCAGGUAUCUGCACCACCCAGCAGGUGAAACAUAACAACGAAUGCCGAGACGUUGGUAGCGUGCUUCUAGCAGUGCUCUUUGAAAAUGGUAACAUUGCAGUUUGGCAGUUUCAGCUUCCUUUUGUGGGUAAGGAAUCCAUCACUUCUUGCAAUACCAUAGAGUCUGGAAUAAAUUCCCCUAGUGUCUUGUCCUGGUGGGAAUAUGAACACAACAACCGAAAGAUGAGUGGACUCAUAGUAGGGAGUGCUUUUGGACCUGUUAAAAUCCUUCCUGUCAAUCUAAAAGCAGUUAAAGGUUACUUUACACUCAGGCAACCAGUUGUCUUGUGGCAAGAAAUGGACCAAUUGCCAGUGCAUAGUAUCAGAUGUAUUCCUCUUUAUCAUCCUUACCAGAAAUGUAGCUGUAGCUUAGUGGUGGCUGCAAGAGGAUCAUAUGUGUUUUGGUGUCUUCUCCUGAUAUCCAAAGCAAGCCUGAAUGUUCACAAUUCCCAUGUGACAGGGCUUCACUCUUUGCCAAUUGUAUCUAUGACUGCAGAUAAACAGAAUGGCACAGUAUAUACGUGCUCAAGUGACGGAAAGGUAAGGCAGCUGAUUCCCAUCUUCACAGAUGUUGCAUUAAAGUUUGAGCACCAGCUGAUUAAGCUAUCAGAAGUGUUUGGCUCUGUGAGGACUCAUGGGAUAGCUGUAAGCCCAUGUGGUGCAUACUUAGCAGUUAUCACAACAGAGGGUAUGACAAAUGGCCUUCACCCUGUUAAUAAAAACUAUCAAGUUCAGUUUGUAACUCUUAAAACUUUUGAGGAGGCAGCCGCUCAGCUCUUGGAAUCUUCUGUUCAAAAUCUUUUCAGGCAAGUGGACCUGACGGACCUUGUGCGCUGGAAGAUUUUGAAGGAUAAGCACAUCCCUCAGUUCUUACAAGAAGCCUUGGAUAAAAAGAUUGAGAGUUGCGGAUCCACUUACUUCUGGCGCUUUAAGCUGUUUCUUCUGAGGAUUUUGUACCAGUCGAUGCAAAAGACUCCCUCAGAAGUCAUGUGGAAGCCUUCACAUGAGGAUGCAAAAAUCUUGAUUUCUGAUUCCCCUGGCAUAGGCAGCACUGAAGAUGAUCAGCAAGAAGAAGGAACUUCUAAACAGAUCAGCAAGCAGAGCUUGGGUGAUGUGAGCAGGGGCAUGGACACAGAGGACCUGGCAGAUGACUCUCUUCCUCAGUCAACUGAUGUAGGAGGCCGGGAGCCAAUGGAAGAAAAACUUCUAGAAAUACAGGCACAAAUUGAGGCAGUAGAAAUGCACUUGACGCGGGAGCACAUGAAACGGGUGUUGGGAGAAGUCUACCUCCACACGUGGAUUACAGAGAACACCAGUAUUCCAACCAGAGGAGUCUGUGAUUUCUUAAUGUCUGACGAAAGCUAUGAUGACAGGACAGCACGAGUGCUGAUUGGGCAUAUCUUAAAGAAAAUGAACAAACAGACUUUCCCAGAGCACUGCAGCUUGUGUAAAGAGAUCCUGCCAUUCACAGAUCGCAAGCAGGCAGUCUGCUGCAAUGGACAUAUUUGGCUCAGGUGCUUUUUAACCUACCAGUCCUGCCAGAGUUUGGUAUACAGAAGGUGUUUGCUUCAUGACAGCAUUGCACGACAUCCAACCCCAGAAGACCCUGAGUGGAUCAAGAGGUUAUUGCAAGGACCUUGUACUUUCUGUGAUUCUCCUGUGUUCUAGACAACAGCUGUGGGAAGCUUGAGAAGGCAUUUUCUCUGCUGCAUAACACUCCCUUCAGUCUGGAAGGAGAAAAAGGAGCAGGAGCGCACACACUGCUGGAGGGGAAAAAGACACUCUCCUUAACCCUGUAAAUAGGACAUUGGAAGGCCAAGCAGCUCACAGUCCAGAGCCCUAUUUCAUACCCCAGAAGCAGGAGUACAUCUUCUAGGGAGCAUCUGGCACAGGGGCUUGACAAAGCAAUUUUGAGACAACCAGAGCUCCCGUUACAGCAUCAGCACUUGAUUGGGCACCUUUCCUUUCACUGAAAGAGGUCUGAAAUAUUGUAAGCAUGCAGUCUGACCUACCUUGUCUGUGUGGAAACCAGAUGCUUUCCUCCUGGCAUGUGGAGUGCUGGAGGUGCUUACUAAAGCCUUGGUGGGUAGAGAAGGCUUCAGCCUGCAGUGCCUCUUUGUUUGCUCUUAAUGAGCAGUGGCACUUACCGUACCACCAAAUAUUAAACUUUCAGAAAGAAUGCGUGGUUCUAAUACAUUUCUUGUUGAGUGAUGUGCAUGCCACUUAAGUCAGCCAUUCCAUUAGGUGUCUUGCUGCAUAUCUACCAAAAGAGUUCCCAGUGUCUUUCCUAGAAUAGUUUUCAGGUAUUUGCAGUUAACAAGCUGAAAUUGGCUGUUAGUGCCAAAUACAUUCCAGGAAGUUUUACAUGCCAAUAGUUAUGUAAACUGUAUUAGCACUUGUCUAUUCUGUGUAAUAAGACACAAACCUAAACUGUAGAAUAUCCAGUGCUCUUAAAUCUCCUGUCCCUGCCACUUCCUCUCUCAUUUCUAGUUUACCAAUUUUGUGCCAACAUCUAUGCCUUUCAGUUAACUUCACCCUCUGCCUGUCGGAACCACACUCUCCUUCAUUGUGACCAAGCAACCAGGCUGUUUCUUCUUCCAACUGGACUGUGAGUCUCCUCAAAAACAUUGCAAUAACUUAGUGUGCAAGCAAGCAGUCACUUUUACUGGUCACCUGUUCUCCUCAUGAAAGCACUAACUCAAAAGGAAAAUGACAGACUGCCAUACUGAAAGCUUUGUAAGGAGUCAGAGGCUGUUCAUUCCAAGUCAGGGGAUGGAUGAGCGAUUACCUAGGGCAGCCAGCAGCAUGCCUGUGAAGGAACAUGCUCGAACCUGUGGUUAACAUAGCCGCUGUCUCAUAGGAAAAGUGGCCUUCGUAUCAUUGGGAUCCAGUUCAUACAGGGCAACUUUCCUUUUUAACUUCUGCAGUGCUAGAGGCAUGAGGUUUCCAACAUGAGUAUGACUCUAGAGUUAGGUCAGAUCUGGUUUGGUUAAGAACCAUCCCCCCCAAUAAUCCAAACUUCUGUACAGAUCUUCACUUCCUCCUUAAAAAUGCCAGCUCACUGGAUGCUCCCCACAUAUAAACAGGCAACUGAAAACCCUUUAUGGAAGUCCCGACUUCUGACCAGAUGCAUGAAUGCUUCCAUAAGCAGUUGAAAACAGCAAGGAAUAAUUAAGAUGUUAUCCAAUACAUAUAUAAAUGGGUGCUUAAGUUUCCUUCAGUUAUUGGCUAUGCAUAUUGUCUUCACACUCCUUGACCAGUCACUAGGAACAGACAUUACUCUGCUAAUGUUCAGACAGACUAGCUGCUCUGAGUUCAGUACUCCACACAUAGGGCAUGAUAGUGCUUCUACAGUAGACAACAGUACUAAUAUUGUACCAGAGAUUAAAAUGAUAAAGCACAGAUGCAUUUGUAAAAAAUCACCAUAGCCUUGUUUGUAAAUAUCCCUGGAAGUGAGACCAUCCUUCUAUGAAAAGAAAUUUUUGGAGCUUUUUAUCAUUGUGCAUUAGACUGAACUCACUUUCAUGCUUUCAUCACAAAAAGAAUUUGUAGAUCCCAGUGGAAAGCACUUGGCAAAGCAAGACAUUUGAAUCAGAGCCAAGUGGAAUGGUCAGAAUUGCUUGGCACCUACCCUUGUCACUGAGGCUGGUACAGCAGCUAUGGCAGCUGUAGGGUUCCUCUCUGUGAGGGAGUGUGUAUGCAUCGACUUGGACUCAAAUUGGAUGCAGUCAUGUUCCAGGCUGGGCAGGGCAGAGUGAUUUUGCAAAAUACAGUGUGAACAGUCUUAUAAAAGCCAACCUGAUUUUAUGGCCAGUGAGUGUUCUCUUGCUCCUUCAAAAGGGACCUCAACAAGGGAAAGGGUUAAGGAAGUUUUCCAAAGAUGCUCCGAAGUCCAACUUGGAUGGCAGGCUGGAGAUAUAUUAAAUCUUUGAUCUACAUACUGGUCCACUAAAACAUAUUUAGGUCUGGCAGAUGAGAAGGUAUUAGAUGAUCACAUUCUAAUUAGUUUUACUUCAGUUCUACUAUAAUGCUUUAUGGCAGUUGUUCUUUCAGACAGUUCCAUGUAGAAGCUAGCAUUCCAGGCUGUUUUCAGCAUUGAAAGCUACCGAGACUAAGAUAUCAAGGUAAUGGACACUCAAAUAAAAGUCAGCAAGGUUGGUUGUAUAUUAAGGCAAUAGGGAUGGUGGCAAGUUAGCUCCUUUUGUGCUUUGUUUGGCCAAUCAAAAGGUAUUGAGGUAUAAAACCAUCAUUUUUGCAUGCUCUUUUGUAAUUUUAUCCAAUCUGAAAAAUAGGACGAAGUUUCAGACAAGGCUAGUUUAGACUGUGAUUUGGUCAUGCUGGAUUUUCCCCAUCUCUCUCUAGACCUGUCGUCCUCCUCGGGCUGCUUUUUCCAGCAACACAGCUUGGACCUGCCAAGUGAUAUCUAUUCUAAGACUGGAGUUCGUCUUACUACUUUAAGGAGCGGAAAGCCUGAGGAGACUAUACCAGCACCCUAAGCUGCUGUUCCGUAGAUGCGGGGAGUGGAGUAGGGUCUUAACUUAAAAUACGGAGUGGAAGACAGGCCUGAACACAAGUACAAGAGAAAAAAUUCUUGCUCUAACCCAAAAGGGUGCAAUAUCCUAUAGCCACCUUUAGUUUGCCAUACCCAAGGUGCUAAUUAGGUUUGCUUUCUUAUACCAGUGAGGAAGAAAAAUAGUAAUGCAUUUGAUGCAGUAAUUGUACAGGAAGGCUAAUGCACCUUACUCUUGUUUGCUACUUCCAAAUUACAUGCAGCAACAGCACCUGUAGUCAUGACCAUCUUUCUAGAAUAAUGGAUGCUCAGACUGUGGGGGAAGCUUACUGAAAUCUUGCCCAGAAGUUCAGAAUAUAGCUUCCUUUAUCUUGACCUUUCCCUAGGAGUCUGCACUGGUCUGAAGGAGACCAGGGUAGUUUGGGUUUUUGGGAGAGACUUAAGGACAUCUCCUUAUCCACUGGAAAAUUUUUCUGUUGACCUGCAGGGAAUGCAGAGUGAGCACUGUGUGGCUUGCUGCUCUUGCUGUGCAGCUUUGCUUUGGUAUGUGUCACCUCAGAGGAUUGCUCUGGAACCCUCCUGUGAUGAAAGCGUACAUACACAGCAGAGCAUAUGUUCUGCAAGUGUGAAAUCAGGGCAGGUCUCCACUGUUCUGUAAUCUGGAUGUGGUUACCAGCGGAGGUGGACUCUUUACUGCUUCCACCUGACUCACUGGAACAGUGGUUCUUAACCUUUCUGAGCCCACAGCACGUGACCUCCAGAAAUCAGAAGCAAAGCAGGGCAGCAAGUUAAGCCAGGCUCAGCACCACCUGAAUGUGACUCCAUUGCUUUUUCUUAAGGAGCAAGGAGGUUCAGAGCUGGUGAGGGUAAUUGCACAGCAUUAUCAGUGUUGGCUCAAGUCAGCAUCAUUCAGCAUUACCCAAGCUAGCUCUGCACGGGUUACCUCCCCAGCCUGGAAGCUGGUGCUGUACCCAAGCUAAUUAGCAACAUCUCAGCAGAGCCAGGUAGCCUGCCUGCAAUGCUGCAGUAAGGCAGCUACACUGAACCCCAUGUGGGAAGUACUGGUAGCUUGCAUGGGGCUUUGCAGCAGCUCAGCAAGACACUUUAUCAUGGGUUCUCCACCAACGCUCGUACCUAUCGUUGUGGCCCAGCUGGGUUUACAGAAGUGCCCACUAGUUAAAAACCAUGGUACUAGGAACAAAGAGACUAGGAUAUGGGUCCCACAGUAACAUUAAGCCUUAAGGGCAGGCUGCAGCUGCCCCAGAGAGACUGAGACAGAUUGCAGGGACAUGGAAAAUUGAAGUUUUCCCUGCAGCUGUUUCCUUCCCCCACCACCCUGCUCUCAGAAGCCUCAGUCACCACCCACCCCUGACCAGAACAAUGGAUGUUAGUGCCUACAAAACACAGGUCUAGGUGCUUUUUUCCUUGGAAUUUAACUUCUUAAACUAGGCUACUGUUGUAUGAAGGUACACUCUGAUACUGGUACCAAAUGCAUUAUGUUUUGUGGGAAACUCAGAGUCAAGUGAAGUUUAACAUUUCAGGGCUGGGAGAGAAACUAAGCUGCUGCUGUUGUACUGACUUUAAAAUACACUAGAGGUGAUGACAAAGGCUGAGUUCAAGCCAUCUGCUCUCCAUUUAGGGAUCAUUAGCUGCAGAUGUUCCCUGUUCUCUACUCAAUUUCACUUGUCAUUAUCCUUGACAAGAAACAGUUUCUUACACCAUUUAGAAAAGCUGAUACACAUGCUGAGUUCUAUCCAUGACCCUAAUUUUGCGGGGUUGGUACGAAUCCCAACACCUUUGUGUUUUCAUUGAAGGUCGCUGCAACAGCUGAAGCAGCCAGUGGUUACUAGCAUAGCUUUUUUCCAAGCCUCCCUCUGCCAGUAGUUUCAGGUAUUCUUUUAUGUUAUGCCAGUUUAAUAUGCACUAGAAAUGACUCUGUAUUGGAAUAGUAUAGCAGGCUGAUGAAACACAGAAUAAUAUAUUCAUACUGAGGUAAGGCAAGCAGGAGAAUAGAGGGAGUGAAAAGAGAAAUGCAAGCUGCCAUGUGGAUUAGCAGAACAGCUUCUGCAGGCACAGCAGCUCCAGAUGUGCAGUAACUUGGUGUAAGCCUCUUUGUUGGCUGCCAAAGCAGCCUCCCUUGUGCCGUGGGGAAAGCAGAGUGGUGCUGACUGGCCCAUGGGGGUCCCAGCCUUCCCUCCUGAGCCUGGGCUUUUGGAUGCGGGUGCAGUGAAAUUCACUCAUAGCCCAGCCCAGCCUCAGGCAGGAGAUGAGGAUUUAAUAUGGGAAGGCUCAUAAUUUAGAAACCAUGGCACUUAAACCACAGUAUUUCAAAAGGAGCCCAAUUUUGUGUCCCUUCUGUAAGGCAAGUGUAUCCCCAUUUGUUUCUAGAGGAGAGAGAUUAAUGGUUACUACUAAGGCACAUCCAAUAAAUAUUUCCUUGUGUUUCUCAAACUAAGAAUUUCCCCAGGGGUUUAAGUAUCAGAAUAACUUUAGUUAUAAUGAAAGAAAGUGAUAACACACUGAGCAUAAGGAGUCCUUGACACGAAAUAGUACAACAUAAAUGUUGAUAGUUCCAGUAGAGGGUUGACAGACCUAUUUUUUUUUAACCUUUAAAACUUUCAUAUCAGUUUUUUGCAAUUAUUCUUCAUAUCACAGGGAGUUGGUUGGCACAAGAGAUGAAUAUCCUAAACAGCCCUUCCCUUGUCACUGGAUCUGAUAGGGUCCACAUGCAUAUUUUGGCAAACUGGAAUUUAACUGUAGGUACAACUUCAUGACAGCUUCGGCUGCCUGGCCCCUCUGCUAUGUAGCCUUGGUAGAGAGGUCGAGGAAAGUUAGCUAUCUUUUCCUUAGGAGUACAAGUAGGGAGAAUGAUACUGCCCAAAUGUAAAUACUUAAAAAGCACUUUUUUUUUUUUUUUUUAAAGAGG